AUGGGAAAAAUAAAAAAAAGUAAAAAUAAACCAUAGAGACUCAAGAGGAAUCAUCAGUAGUUCCUCCCGCAGUUCGGCAAUCUGAUGAUCCAGUUGAUACAAAGAGAAAAUGGACGAACAAACAAAGGGUGCUCGUUUUUGCAUCACGGGGAAUAAACCAUAGAGAUCGACAUCUCAUGGAAGAUAUGAAGAAGUUAAUGCCUCACCACAAACCAGAAUCAAAAAUGGAACGCUCAAAGACACUUUCAGUUAUCAAUGAAAUGUGUGAAAUGAAAAAUUGUAAUAAAGCUGUGAUGUUUGAGGGUAGAAAGAAGAGAGAUUUAUAUUUAUGGUUAUCAAAUAUACCCAAUGGUCCUAGUGUGAAGUUUUUAGUUCAAAAUGUUUAUACAAUGGAGGAACUCAAGUUAACUGGAAACUGUUUAAGAGGCUCCAGACCUAUACUUAGUUUUGAUCCUGUGUUCACAGAAAAACCACAUUACAGUCUCUUAAAGGAAUUGCUUACUCAAACGUUUGGAGUUCCCAGGCAUCAUCCGAAAAGCCAACCAUUUUUUGAUCAUGUAUACACUUUUACUGUUCUUGAUAAUAGAAUUUGGUUUAGGAAUUUUCAGAUAUUAUCUGAAGAUGGAGCCUUAGCAGAAGUGGGGCCUAGAUUUGUAUUAAAUCCAGUAAAGAUAUUUUCUGGGAGUUUUGGAGGUGUAGCUCUAUGGGAAAACGCAAGCUAUGUCAGUCCAGCAAGGUACAGGAACCAAGUCAGAGUUGCUGCUAAAAAUAAAUAUGUUAACAGAAUCCAACAGAAGGUUCACGCAGAAGCCACCAGGCCAACAGAAAGUUAUAGGAUGAGACCACUUGAUGAUAUAUUUCAAGGAAAUCCGUUAGACAAAGCACAAGAAUAUAAAAAACAGGAAGUUGAAAAUGAGGAUGCCCAAACACCCAUUGUUAAAGAAGAAAAAAAUAAAAAGAAGAAAAAACUAAAGGGUAUAACUAAACAAAAUGGGAAUAAUGCUGGUAAGACGGUAUUAAAGAAGAUUAAACAAAAUAAAAAGUCAAAUGAAGCUAAUUUAGUUAAAACUAAGAAAAGUAGCAAUUCUAUAGUUAAAGCUAAAGAUAAGCUACAUAAAGUGAAAAAGGGUAAAAAAGGUAUAAAAGUAAAAAUAAACGGACUGGCUAAGAAGUCUCCUCAGAAGUAA